GACCCUGUAUCCACCAUCCAAAUCACGACAAUCAUCCUAGUCAUAUGCAUGUUGUCUGUCCAGAACGACCAUACAUUACCAGCCGAACCAUUGAGGGGAGCUUACCUGGCCGACAUGCUCCGACAGUUCGACAUGUACUUGGCAACGCUGUGCCGCAAGGAACUGCAAGACACGAUGCGACACCUUCCUCCCGCGGCUAUAUACAGACUCGACUGGCUGUUGGCCCGCAUGCCCCGAACCGACAUCUAUGGUUCCUUGAGUACGACCGAGAUUCGCCGGAACGUGAUGAUGUCCACAAACCGCAUCGCGCGGCGACUCCAAUGGCUCCUCAAAAGUGAUGUAUGGACACCGCCAGGGACGGUCCAAGGGUUCUGCAUUCACUUGCCAGGGUACGUGACAAGAACACGAUGGCGCCUGGAGGAUUAUGGGACAGAG